UUAUUAGUUUGCUGGAGAGGCGAGGCGGGGCGGCAGCCGUUCCGGCCGGGCUCGAAGCCUUUCCGCGGAGGCGCGCCCGGCCCAGGCCCCCCUCCCGCCGUGGCGCGCGUGCCCGCGGGCUCUUUGGCAACCGCCGACGGCGCGGCCCGGCGAUGGCGGAGGAUCUGGACGCGCUGUUGGACGAAGUGGAGACCAAGUUCUGCCGCCUACAGGCGCUGGGGGCGGUCGGGAAGAGAGACCGCGGCGGAGGCGAGGAGGCGGCCGGGGAGAGGGACAGAUCAGCUAAAAUACUAACAAAGGCUGUCGUUGAUGAAGAGGACAUAGAUGACGUAAUUAAAGAUAUCAUUGAUGAAAGCAGUUUUUCCAAAAAACCUAUGAAACUGAAAUCUAAAUCUGCAAGUCCCACAUCUGAAAGAAAUAGUGUUUCCAUUCAGGCUCAUGGUAAAAGCUGUUGUCCGGUGUAUCUUGGCGGAAGCUCUACACCACGUGGUAUAGGAACAAAUAUUUCACAGAGAACAUGUGAUCAGCUACGUUGUACUGCCUGUGACUUCCAUGUGUCUCAUUACAAUGACUACCAAUGGGAUAAGUCAUGUGAUUAUCUCUUUUUCAGGAAUAACAUGCCUGAACUCAGUAAAUUAAGAGCAAAGAUGAUAAAGAAGAAGGGAUCACGGGCUUAUGCUUGUCAGUGCAGCUGGAGAUCCAUUGAUGAACUAACUGACCUCCAAACAGACCGGCAGCUUCGUUGGGUCUGUGGUAAACAUGUAGAAUGAAGUCUUCUCACAUGUUUGGUAUGCGUUCCUGUGUGAAAACAGACUUUCAAGUCAAACUGACUUCCUUUUAGCAUGCAUUUCCCACUCCAUUUUCUGAGAACAGAAAGGAACCCGAACAUGUUAUCUAGAGCUAGAUAGUGACACUGAAUUCAAAACUGAACAUUUUUCCUCACUGUAACUGUCUCAUGAAUUAAGGGAAUUCAUAGAGGAAACAGCCAGCUUAGAAGUGUCAAUGAUAAGUGGGCUUGAAGAGCCCCUCCCCUAGUGCCAAUGGAGGGAGAAGAAGCCAAUGAAACCGAAUGGGUCACAGCAAAAGGGAAGAGCAAGAGCCCCGUGAGCCAGCAGAAGUCUGUACAAGAUCUUUGACUCCCCGGAGAUGGGGAGCAGCCAUGCCCUAUGGCACUCACUCUUUCAGAGAUGGGUGGAUAUCCACAUGGGAAUUAAUGCUCCUCCUCCCACUCUGCCUGUAGCCUUAUGCAGGGGUGCCAAAUGGAUGAGAACAAGACCAGCUGUCACCACACAGGGCUUCACUUUCCUUUACCCUCAAAUCCCCAAGAACUGCAGAUUUUGGAGACUCCCAUCCAAGCUCCUUAGUACUCACUACUCUUUGGUUUCCUCAAAGCCCUUUGUCCAGAGUGUGACAUUCCGUGGAAACUCUGAGGUUUACCGCGUAGUUUCUUGGCCUGGUCUCUCCUCGCUCUUUUGGUUUCACUGCAGGAGGGGGGACAGUAUGUCCCUGAAUUAUUUAACAAUAUUCAAUAAGAUACGUUGGGGAAAUAUUACCUCUGCAACAGUUAACAAAGAUGCUCACAUUUAAGAGUGCAACAAGAUAUAUCCCAACUGUCCUUGUGUUUGGGCUUUUCAGUUAAAAGCUUCAUUUCAGAAAUACUCCACCCCCCAAAAGUGUGACUUGCCCAUUGCAUUCCCCCUUAAAACAGCUCCCAGUAUCACGUUAGUUGAUGAGAUGUUUUGAUUUAAUAUUAAUGUCCUGGCAGCUAAUAAGCCCUUGUUUUCUUCACUACCCGCAUAUUUAAAAUAUGCACAAGUAUUAUGUAUGGCAUGUUUUGUUUCAGCACUGGAAAUUAUCAUAUUGAAAAAUGGACUAUAAUUGAAUUUCGGCAAAGGGGAUGGGAUCAUUUCAUACAGUGAUGUAAAAGAAAAUGGAAUGAAAACACUACUGAAAAUAUUUUUACUAUUCAAUAAAAUAGUAUUCUAAGGAUUAAUUCAGAAUUACUUGAUUUAUGCAAUUCCACAUAUACAAAGUGGUAACUGGUUUUUAAACACCUGUCAUACUUUAAUU